AUAAUCACUGGUGCUCAUUCAAUCAGUGCGUUCCUUUCCAAUAUAGUACGAUUUCAAGCCCCUCUCAAUCCAAUCGCUAACAAUCCCUCGGAGAGAUCGGAGCGAUGGCGGACACGCUGGCGGCCAUUCGGUCCCUGAUGGCAUCCCACUCGCCGCCGCUCGAUGCGCUCAUCGUUCCCUCGGAGGACAGCCAUCAGAGCGAGUAUGUGUCGGAGAGGGAUAAAAGGCGCCACUUUGUCUCUGGAUUCACUGGUAGUGCUGGUUUGGCGCUUAUAACAACCAGUGGGGCAUUUUUGUGGACUGAUGGAAGGUAUUUCUUACAAGCAACACAGCAGCUGAGUGAUCAGUGGAAGCUCAUGAAAAUUGGAGAAGAUCCAACUGUUGAGAACUGGAUAGCUGACAAUCUGCCGAAAGAUGCUGCUGUAGGGGUUGACCCAUGGUGUGUAUCUGUAGAAACUGCUCAGAGAUGGGAGCAGGCCUUCUCAAAGAAAAAUCAAAGAUUAAUUCAGUUGUCUGUUAAUUUGGUGGAUGAAGUUUGGAAAGAUCGGCCUCCGGCACAAUAUUCCCCUGUCAUUGUACAGCCUUUGGAAUUUGCAGGCCAAGCUGUCUCAGAUAAGUUGGUGAAUGUGAGAGAAAAACUUACUCGUGAGAAAGCUUAUGGUAUUAUCAUUACAGCACUUGAUGAGGUUGCUUGGUUAUAUAAUAUACGUGGGAAUGAUGUUGAUUACAAUCCAGUUGUUCACGCAUUUGCCAUUGUAACAAUAGAGUCUGCUUUCUUUUAUGUUGACAAGAGAAAGGUCUCUUCUGAGGUCCAUAAUCACAUGGUUCAAAAUGGAAUUGAAAUCAAGGAGUACAAUCUAGUUGAAUUUGAUGUUAGUUUGCUUGGAUCUGGGCAGCUGUCUUGUUCUGGUGUAGGUGAGGAGGUGAAGCAUCUUGUCACAUGGAUUGACCCUAACUCAUGCUGCCUUAAGCUGUAUUCGAAGCUUUCUUCUGAUCAGGUGCUUAUGCAGCAGUCACCUUUGGCACUGCCAAAAGCUCUUAAGAAUCCAAUUGAGCUUGAUGGCUUGAGAAAGGCACAUGUUCGAGAUGGUGUGGCUGUUGUACAAUAUCUUGUUUGGCUCGAUAAUCAGAUGAAAGAAAUUUGUGGGGCUUCAGGUUACUUCUUGGAACCCAAAAAAACUUGUGAAAGUAACAAAUUGGGUUAUAUCAAAUUAACAGAGGUAACUGUAAGUGAUAAGUUGGAGAGCUUCCGUGCUAAGCAAGAGCAUUUCAAAGGCCUGAGUUUUCCGACUAUUUCAUCUGUUGGGCCAAAUGCAGCAGUUAUUCAUUACUCCCCAAAGGCCGAAACAUGUCGAGAACUUGAUGCGGAGAGCAUUUAUUUAUUUGAUUCAGGGGCACAGUAUCAAGAUGGAACAACUGAUAUAACAAGGACUGUCCAUUUUGGCACACCCUCAAAUCACGAGAAAGCAUGUUAUACUGCUGUCCUCCAAGGCCAUAUUGCUUUGGACACUGCUGUAUUUCCUAAUGGAACAACCGGACAUGCUCUUGAUGUUCUUGCUCGAGUACCAUUGUGGAAGGAUGGUCUUGAUUAUAGACAUGGGACUGGUCACGGGGUUGGAUCAUACCUAAAUGUUCAUGAGGGGCCUCACUUAAUUAGUUUUAGACCUUAUGCUCGGAAUGUGCCAUUGCAGGCUUCAAUGACUGUGACAAAUGAACCUGGAUAUUAUGAGGAUGAGUGUUUUGGAAUAAGACUGGAAAAUGUUCUUAUAGUCAAAGAUGCUAAUACGAAGUUUAACUUCGGACAAAAAGGCUAUUUAUCUUUCGAAAACAUCACAUGGGUACCAUAUCAGAAAAAAUUGAUGGAUCUGACCUUGUUGAAUGCUAAAGAAAUCAAGUGGAUCGAUUCAUACCAUUCUGCUUGCCGACAAAUUUUAGCCCCACGUCUCAACGAACAAGAGAGGGCAUGGUUGAAUAAAGCUACUGAACCAAUCGGCGCAACUGCUUGAACUCCAUGAUAUACACAUCUUCAUGUUCUCUUCGGACAAACAUCUGCGUAAUUACCGCCCUCAUAAGCAUUUUUCACUAGCAUGUUAUUUAUUCGUACGUUAGUCAUAAUUCAGCACUCAAAAACUCUGUUCUUUUAUGCAAAAAAAAUUAAAAAAAAUGCUUGUCAUUGGUUUA